CUCGGCGUGGCUGGCCGCGGGGCGGCGCGGCGCCCCCGCCGCGCUCGCGGAGGCGAGGGUGGACGCCGCGGUGGAGGCGCGGCUGGCCGUGCAGGCGGCCGCAGCCGAGGCCAGGGCCCUAAAGGAGAGGCAGAGAAGCAGGCCAAGAGGCUCUCGCCGCUCGAGGCGGGCGUGGAGCAGGAGAGCGCGGAGCACGUGAUCGCGGAGGCCAGGCGGCUGGCGGGCGUGGAGGCAGCGGCCAGGCGCGCCGCAGAGAUGAAGGUGGCGAAGCAGCUGGCCUCGGACCGCGCCAAGGCCGUCAAGAGGGCACACCGCGCGAAGGACAAGGCCGCGGCGGCCGCCAACGCGGCAAGGCAGGCGGAGACCAAGGCCCUGGCCUCGGCCGACAUCGAGAAGGAGUGGCUGGAGCGCACGCCGGGGGCCCGGGAGGUCGGGGCGUGAAGGGCCCGGGGAGAGGGGGGCGCGGCCGCCUGCGAGGCCUGCCGCUUCCCACGGUGCACAACUUCCCCUGCGCGAGGGCCACACGCGGCGUGGAAGCCUGACUGGGGCGGAGUCGCGACGCGCGUCUGCGCCUCUCCGACACGCGGAGCAGACCCAGACCCCCUCGCGUCGGGAACGAAAUCACGACGGGAGGUUUUUC